AUGGCCAAGAAAAUGCAAAGGCGAAGAAGACAGAAAAGAACCCACUCCCAGAGAGGUGAGUUUCCUCUUAGCCUUGUAGAUCGUUUUUUACCAGAGGGAAAUCAUUCCGGUCGCCUGAGCUCUUCUGCACCUGUAAUCCUCGAUAGUGUGCUCGAGUACUUAUCAUCGAACAUCCUCGAACUGGCUGGUGAGGUGGCCUACACCACUGGCAGGAAGCGCAUAGCUCCAGAGGAUGUAGGUUUGGUGGUACAGAACAACGAACAGCUCUGCCAACUCUUCAAACCAGGUGCUACAUCAGUGUUUGAUCCACCAGAACCCGAUGACAACUGA